AUGAUGAAUCUGGAACUGGUCUACAUGCUCAAGUACGACUCUUCCCACGGUAUCUUCAAGGGUGAGGUCGGCAACCAGGGCAACGACCUCGUCGUCAACGGCAAGACCAUCAAGUUCUACUCUGAGCGUGACCCCGCCAACAUCAAGUGGUCCGAGACCGGCGCCGACUACGUCGUUGAGUCCACCGGUGUCUUCACCACCAUUGACAAGGCCAAGGCCCAUCUCCAGGGCGGUGCCAAGAAGGUCAUCAUCUCUGCCCCCUCCGCCGACGCUCCCAUGUACGUCGUCGGUGUCAACGAGAACAAGUACGACGGCUCUGCCGACAUCAUCUCCAACGCUUCUUGCACCACCAACUGCCUGGCUCCCCUCGCCAAGGUCAUCAACGACAAGUUCGGUAUCGUUGAGGGUCUCAUGACCACCGUCCACUCCUACACUGCCACCCAGAAGACCGUCGAUGGUCCUUCCUCCAAGGACUGGCGAGGUGGCCGUGGUGCUGCCCAGAACAUCAUCCCCUCCAGCACCGGUGCCGCCAAGGCUGUCGGCAAGGUCAUCCCUGAGCUCAACGGCAAGCUCACCGGCAUGUCCAUGCGUGUCCCUACCGCCAACGUCUCCGUUGUUGACUUGACUGUUCGCCUCGAGAAGGGUGCUUCUUACGACCAGAUCAAGCAGGUCAUCAAGGAGGCCUCUGAGGGUGACCUCAAGGGUGUUCUGGCCUACACUGAGGACGACGUUGUCUCCUCUGACCUUAACGGCAACACCAACUCCUCCAUCUUCGAUGCCAAGGCCGGUAUCUCCCUCAACGACAACUUCGUCAAGCUGGUCUCUUGGUACGACAACGAGUGGGGUUACUCCCGCCGUGUCCUCGACCUCCUGGCCCACGUUGCCAAGGUCGAUGCCUCCAAGUAAGCGCAGAGCGUUCAAGGGGCUGGAAGCAAAACCAAACCUAAUUAGACGCGACACGAUGAAGAUUCCAGUCGGUCGUGUGUUUUAAUGAAGCAAAGAAAUGAAAGCAAGUAAAAAUACCAAAAUCCGGGGAGAUUGUCGGAGGGGAUGACAACGAGGUUGUUAUCAUCGGCUCGAGUUCCCUACUAGACAAUUGAUCUUAGUAUAGCCGUGGACAGAAAAAAAUAUAGAUCCAUCCCUCUUGAAAA